GUAAACACAAAACUUUUUAGUUUUUUAUUUAUAAUCUCUUUUCAAGAAUUUCUAUCCAUUCUCUUUAUUAGAGGAGAAGAAGAUUUACUUUCAUUGGUGAUCAAUAAUCAAACUCAAAACAAACAACAAACGACACAAGCCUACUCUGCAUCAGCGGUUCCUAAGUUCUUCUCCUUCUCCGAUUGUUUACAAGUGCAGGCUUUAGGACUCAUUGCUGACUUUGUGGAUCGUGAAUAGUGGUUAAUGCUGUAGUACAAGGCUGUAUUUUCUUCAAGAUUUGUUAGACUGGAUUAUUUGUUACAUUCUUUGGAGUUUGAGGACUUGGAUUGUAUAAGAUUUUCUCCAACAAAAUUUCAAAAUCUUUCACAUGAAAAAAGCUGAUUAGUGUCAUCAGGAUUCAGAAGCUACAAGUAAGGCAAUAAUAUUCAGAGUUUGUUCGCUGGUACAGAAAAGAUGACAGAUAUGAAAGGGAGCACAUCCGCUGACACGGAUAUCCGUGCACUGCGCAAGGAAUGGGAUGAGGCUUCAUGCCCAAUCUGCAUGGACCAUCCACAUAAUGCUGUUCUCCUUAUCUGCAGCUCUCAUGACAAGGGCUGCAGGUCUUACAUCUGCGACACCAGUUACAGGCACUCAAAUUGUUUGGAUCGGUUUAAAAAGUAGAGUUGAUACUAGAAACAACUCUUCAGAAUCCAGAUCAUCAUUCCCCGAAAAUUCAGACAGCCUAAUACUUGGUCUGAGGCCUCGUCGUGGACAUAGUUCUGAACCUAGCUUUGAGGGUUCGAGAAUGAGGAAUGGCUUGGCAGAUGAAGUUCAUGAACAUUAUAGUUCAGAUGAAAAUAAUGAAGGAACUUCAGCUGCCUCACUAGAAGCACUAGCAAGUAGAAGUGAAGAGCCAAAUAGGAAUAUAGAAACCCGAGAUGAUGACAUUGUAGAGAUGGGUCCACCUGAGACAUCAAGGGAGAGGAGUGGUUGUGAAGAGGGGAAUUUAUCAGACCUAGGCAUGAACUUGAAAUGUCCCUUGUGCCGAGGGGCUGUACGAGGCUGGAAAAUUGUAAAGGAGGCUAGACAGUAUCUUGACCUGAAACGAAGGGGCUGCUCUCGAGAGUCCUGCUCAUUCUUUGGAAACUACAGGGAACUUCGGAGGCAUGCCAGGAGGGUUCACCCAACAACACGACCUGCUGAUGUUGACCCAUCAAGACAACGCGCUUGGCGACACCUUGAGCAUCAGCGAGAAUAUGGUGACAUUGUAAGCGCCAUUCGUUCGGCUAUGCCAGGAGCCGUUGUUCUUGGGGAUUAUGUUAUUGAGAGUGGAGAUGGACAUUCUUUGGACAGGGAAAGCAGCGCAAGUGAAGGUCCAUGGUGGACCACGUUCUUCCUAUUUCAGAUGUUCGCCCCAGUCGAAGAACAAAGGGGCCUGGUAAGGGCUUGGAAUAGUCAUCGUCGCUCAUCUGGAUCACUAUCCAGUCACCGUAAUCUGUGGGGUGAAAACCUCUUGGGUCUGCAUGAUGAUGAAGAUGACUGGAAUGUGGCAAGUGACACUGGUGAAGAUGUUCCCCCAGUACCAAGGAGGCGUAGGAGGCUCACGCGAUCCAGGCCAAAUGAAGAUCAAUUGUGACAGUCAGAGCCCAGUUCUGAAUUUCCUGAAAAAUAAUGGAAGGUUAUGAUGAUUCCACCAAGCCUGAUGAAGAGCUGUGUUUUCAAAUAUCAAACAGCCUAUGUUGGUUAGAAGAAUUAGAAACUAUUGAUUUCAAUACAUGAGACUUUGUAAAAAUAUUGGGUUUAGGUUCUUUUCUUG